AUGCUGAUGCUCUCUCACGGCUUGCCUCUACGAUCAACGAUCGAGUCGGACGCCAUGUACCAGUGGAAGUCCUUGCUCCGCAAAGCACUACCGAGUCUUAGGGGGACUACGUUCUGCGAGAAGUUCAUGAAGGAGGUUGCGGUUCGGGAGCCCGAUCCUUGGCCUUCAAAGCUGUUCGGCAAGCAUCUAUGUUCCCAAUUCAACAUCAAUAUCUUCUUUGCAUCUCCGGCGCAUCCACAAUCCAACGGCCAAGUAGAAGCCAUUAACAAGAUCAUCAAGAAGACCCUGAAGAAGAAGCUCGGAGCAGCCAAAGGUGAUUGGCCAGAGAUACUGCCUGAAGCUCUAUGGGCAAAUAACACCUCUUACCGAAGGUCAACAAGCGAGACACCGUUUUCCCUUGCCUUCGGCACCGAAGCUGUCGUACCGAUAGAACUCCACGGACCUACAUGCUGA